GGGAAAGUCAAAGUCUUCACUUCUUCACUUUCGCUUUCAGCAGCGACCGGGAGCAGACGUGCGCGACCGCAUAGGAUUUUGUACCACCUUGGCUGAAGAUGGGGUGUGGUUAUGAAAAUGGAGAAGAAGACACCUACCAGUGUACCCUGAGUUCUGAGAUGCAAACACUCGCACAACAGGAGUUACGAGAGGAUGAAGCUACACGAUCUCACGCCAUCACCCAAAUGAGGAGCUGGAUAGACAUGCACCCAGAGAUACAGUGCUGUAGGAAAGAUUCAGCAUUUCUGUUGAGAUUCCUGCGCACCAAGAAGUUCUGCCUCCCCAUGGCUCAGGAGAUGUUGGAGAAAUACCUGAUUGUCAGACAACUCUACCCUCAGUGGUUCCAGAGGCUGGACGUCCUGGACCCAGAAGUACAAGACAUCCUGAACAGUGGGUACCUCGUAGCUCUCCCUGAGAGAGAUAGACAAGGAAGGAAGGUGCUUUUCUCUUGUGCAGUAAAGUUUGACCCGUACAAGUACACCUCGGCUCACAUGGCCCGAGUACACAGCAUUGUCGUGGAGAGUCUUAUGGACGAAGAAGAGAACCAGAUCACAGGUUAUAGCCAUGUGAAUGACGAGUCUGGCCUAACAAUGGGACACAUCAGCCUCUGGUCACUCAACGACAUUCGUAACAUGCUGCGAUGUAUACAGAACUCAACACCAAUGAGACACAAGUCAACACAUUUCAUCAAUGUCCCGCCUUACGCCAACAAAGUGUUUGACUUCUUCACAGCUCUACUAAAUGACAAGCUCAAAAACAGAGUCAUGUUACAUAAAGACAUAGAAAGUCUCCAGAAAGCAGUGGAUCCAAAGAUUCUUCCGAAGGAGUACGGAGGAGUCGUUCCUCUUUCUGAUAUGAUUGCGGACUUCAAGAAGUUCCUAGAGAGCAAGAGGGAACGAGUGAUGGCUUUAGACAAAAUGACCAUCUCUGUCAACAAGAAGGCAAAGUUUAUCACAGAGUUCGAGGACCAGCAGAUAACUGGGAUGGCAGGAUCCUUCCGUAAACUGCAGGUCGACUAGUGAUCUGCAUCACACCUGAACCUUGUAUUUGUAAUUGUAAUUAACCUCAACAAUCACUUUCUAUACCUACUGUGAUAUAAGUUCAAUAAUAUUCUCAAUAAUAGGUCUCAAUUUGAAAGUAGUUUUAGCAAAUUAUUGUAUUGAAAUGUUUUUGACUUUAACCUUUACGAGACAUGUGAAAAGCGCAAGAAUGUUUGUGAACUCAAUGAUUGUGCUCUUUGAACUUAAUAAUGUGAAAAAUAUGGUGGAUUCUUCAUUACAAUAAUACAGUAGUAAAAAAUCCUAACCAAUAGCCUAUGGACCACAGGUAGUUUAGAUUACCGAUUUGUUCAGAUUUUCAAACAUAGCCAAGAAAUGCCUAAUAGACACAUAAUUAAGCCUACAGUAUUAAAAAUAGAGUUUUUCGUUACAUUACUGUAAUUCGUUCCUUGAAAAAAUAUGUAGAGUUUAUACAUUGGAAACAAACAAAAGACGGACUGGAUCCUCGCGUUCACUCAUUUCCCUGCCAGGCGCUGACUGCUUGGCCCACGAAAUUGUAAAUAAAACAUCCGUUGACUCUGUGCUAAUUCAAUAUUUUAAAACCCUCAGGAGCGGUUUGGAUUUUUGACGUUUCGGAUUUUCGACUCUCGACUGUACUUAUAAGUUUAGUACUUAAGUUAUAUUCAUAGUUUUGAUUCAGUAUAUUUCCUCAGGGCCAGCAAUUUAAAAUUUGUUCAACUGAUUCUAAAGGAAAAAUUAAUUAUUACAACCAAAGUUGCUUAUUCAAUCUUCAAUAACAGCUUUUGAAAGCUAUUCAGAAAUGGUUUACAAGUCAAAAAACAAAUAAGUUAUUAUUAUGACGAGCUACAAUAUAACAUGUGUCAGUUUGUCAGUCAAUACCGUCAUAUAAAUGAAUCAUUCAUUGAAAGUGGCAUUUUUUAAUAAGUAAUGAAAUAUGUUACCAAACCUUUUGUGAUUUGUGUGAAUUUACCAAUUUUUUACUUAAUAAAAUAAGUUUUA